AUAGAGUCUAGAAGGAGAAUUAUCACAUUAUGGACAUCAAAAUUAUCCUCUUAUACAUGAUCCUACGAGGCCUAUUGGCUCAAGAAACAAAUCAUCAGUUUUCUUUGGAUCGAUUGAAAAAUGAUUUAUCCAAGGCGAAAUCUUUAAUGGAUUACGAACAUUUUCCAGAAAAUCAAAAUCAAAAUUCAUUGUUUUAUAAACAAAUGUAUCUAUCCGGCGGAUUGAACGAAGUGAAACGUAGAAAUAUAUUAUAUUCUCAAAGCUAUUGUCCUUGUGAGAGUCAAUACGAGAUAAAGGAUCUAGGUGAGGGACACUAUCCUAGACAUAUAACAGUAUCCAGCUGCAAACCGAAAGCAUGUCAGGAUAAAUUUAAUUCAUGUAAAUUGUUAAAAUAUAUGAUACACAUCCUUAGCGAACGAGAUACGACCACUUUGAUGGAAGAUGACAGUUACAUGGAUGAUAAUGCACCACUUCCUGAAUCGCUUCGUCACAAAUGGCAAUUAAAACCAAUGUACGUUGCGGUUGCUUGCGUGUCCGAAACAUAAGGAAACAGAAAAAUAAGAAAAAGAAGAAAUUAAAAGAAAAAACAAGUUCAUCGAUCGAUAAGUGGAAAAGUGAAGAAAUAAAAUACUAUAGUCAAGGAAAAGAAAAGUAAUAGAUGUAGUAACAUUAGUAUAUUAUCAUGAUGUAUCCAUGAUGUAUCACGCAUAUAUAGGGUGUUCUAUUUGAAUUUAACGUCUUUAGUAAUAUUAACAAAUAUUUCAAUAAAUCUUUAUAUUGAAA